UUCCCCUCAAGUAUAAUUUGUACCGGAAAAUGGGUGGAUCCGUAAGCCAGAUUUUCCGUUCUGGAUCAGCAUUGCUGUCACAUCGUGAUGGUCAUAAAGUUUCGAAAGAAACUACAGAGAAAAUCACAACACUAUUUGAAAUUUUAAGGGCUAAUCCGAAAAUCUCCAUACAACCAUUAGAAUCCUUGUUGUUAGAAAUUCCAAAGAACGAAAAUAUUUUAGUUAUACACGACGAUUGUGGUUUCAAUAUACUACAACGAGCUGUAGGCCUUAAUCAUGUCGAAUUGACAAAAUGGCUUUUGCAGCGCCAUAGGCCAGAUGUAAACCGCAGUCCAUGUUCCCUGCCACUGCAUAUUGCCUGUCUCAAGGGCCAUGAAUCAUGUGUAGAGCUUUUACUAAAAUAUGGUGCCCGCAUCGAAUGUGAUUCACGCAUGUGUUUUCCCGGUUCACAUUCAACCAACUGCGAACUCUUCCAGUGCAAUGCCAACAAUCAUUAUGAAGAUGUCGAAUUUAGAGAACGUAACUUUGAUAAUUCAAAGUUACAAAAUGCCAUUUGUUAUGCCAUUGAUGGCGAUCAAAUUAAUGUGCUAAAUAUAUUGGUACAAAAACUGGAUGAUCCAUGGAUACCAUUUCGAUCUAAACGUCCAGUGUUUCAUUUACUUCAUAUGGCCUGUGAACGUGGAGCCUGGAAUUGUGUACAACAAUUGGUGGUAACGCGUUCCGAUGAAAUAAAUCUAAUCAAAGAUGAAUAUUAUCCCAUACAUCAUGCAGUGUUACACGAUAUGAGAUUUUUGGAAUUGUUAAUACAACAUGGCGCAGUUACCACUGUACGAACAUGUACUCAACAAUUUACUCUACUGCAUAUGGUGAUAUUCAUUGCAAGAAAAUCUGCCGAAGAUACUUUAAGUAUGUUGAGAAUAUUACUGGAAAGAGGUUGUAAGGAAUUAAUCAACGAACCAGAUGUCUUGGGUAAUACACCAUUACAUUCCCUGAUUGUACGCUAUGCCCUAGAGGAGGCAAGAUAUGGUUAUGAUAAAUGGAGCAAAUGGGAUGUAUUGCAUUUAGUUAGAUUCUUGCUACAACAUGGCGCCAAAAACUCAAUAAAUCAAGCUGGCAAUAGUGCAUUGGCUUGCGUCUUUCGUCACAUUCGUGAUAUGGAUGUUUGCUUUGAGCUACUUAGCAUGAUGAUCGAAGAUAGUGAUCCAAAUAUUGUGGGUCGUGAUGGUUCUGUACCAAUUAUGGUUCUGCUGAUACCAUUAAUUAACAAAGAUACCCUGCAACAUUAUACUCAUUCAAUGAAGGUUUGCUUUGUAAAUUGUAUACGGAUAUUGCUGCAACAUGGCGCAAAUCCAAAUUGUUCUUAUCACCACAAUCUAACACCACUGCAGGUGUUGGUCUUCACCGUUAGUGAAAAUUUCACACUAAGCAGUGACACCUUAAGGCAAACAAAUUUCGAUUUUAUUAAAAAUAUACUCCUGCUACUUCUACAACACGGACUCGAUUGCAAUCAAACAUAUCAGAAUAUAUUGCAAGCAGUCAUGGAUAUGGUACGAAAUGUACGCGAUGUCAGUGAUUUAAACCGUAUACACGAUCUAACCCUGACACUCAUACAAUAUGGAGCUGAUCCAAAUAUAGUAUUAAGUAAUAUGACCACUGGUGGUGCCAUCUAUUCCAAUGAAAUUGCACGCUUUGGAGAUGCCUUAGGCUUGACCGGUUCCACAGCGGAAAGUACAAGUACUGGCGGGGCUGGUACCGUGGCGAGUAGUGGCAACACAAAUGGUAAUUCGUCCGUUGGUGAAACGACGGCAACACGACAAUCUCUCGGUGAUACCUCAUUCCGUAACUCAUUUCGCACAAAUUCUCGUUAUUUAUUAUUCUAUUACAUUGUGUUGAUCACAAAAAAAGAUUUCAUACUCAACGAUCCAGAUCGAACAUUUACCCGUAUUAUUUUACUCUUCUAUGCUACCAUGCAGCAUGACACCCUGUACAAUUGUCUCAAGUCUUUGCACAAUUUUUACGUAGCUCAAGUUCCAAGUAAAAAAACGGAACAAUUAAUUGCUGUCAUUUCGUCGUUAUAUCGUAAACCUCGCAGUCUGAAACAAUUGUCUCGUCUUGCCAUUUACGAAUCGCUUAAUCGUAAAUUAGCUCAAAAUGUAAAUAAACUUAAAUUACCCGGGUUGCUUAAGGAUUAUGUGCUGAAUUUUGAUAAGUAAGGGAGGG